AUCAAAUAUAUAUAACAAGAUUUAUUAAGAGAUGGUGGAUCUCUUAAAUAAGUAUGCAUCUACAUGGAUGAUUGGGCCACAUGAUUCAACAAGCCCAUUAGGCAGAGAUGAAAAUCAAACCGAAUCAAAAUAGUCGCGUAUCAUACACAUAGAUAGAUAGAGAUAGAGGUAUCUUUUCUCUCUACAGAAUUAGGGUUUAUAUACACACACAAACGCAAUUAGUCAAAUACUAUAUCAUCUCUUUCUCCCCCCGAUUCAAAGGGUUGGGUUCAUACAAGGAAUUGUUUUCUGAGAUUAAUUAUUGGUAUCUUGUGAUCAAAGAACUUAGUGGUUACGUUAAAGAGAAAGAUUUGUUUGAUGGAGAUACCAAUUAAGCCAAUUGAUCAGCUUCUGGAGAAGGUUCUUUGUAUGAACAUUCUUUCCUCUGAUUACUUUAAAGAGCUUUACCGUUUCAAAACUAUUUAUGAAGUUAUUGAUGAGAUUUACAAUCAAGUGGACCAUGUGGAACCAUGGAUGACUGGAAACUGUAGAGGUCCUUCUACAGCAUUUUGCCUUCUUUAUAAGUUUUUCACCAUGAAACUUACUUCCAAGCAAAUGCACGUGCUACUGGAUCACCCAGAUUCCCCUUACAUCAGAGCGGUUGGGUUCCUUUACCUAAGGUAUGCUGCAGACCCAAAGACGCUAUGGGGUUGGUUUGAACCGUAUAUCAAAGAUAAUGAGGAAUUUUCUCCUGGAUCUAAUGGUCGAAUGACGACAAUGGGUGUUUAUAUUCGUGAUUUACUUCUUGGACAGUACUAUUUUGAUACUCUUUUCCCUCGUAUCCCUGUCCCGGUAAUGCGGUUGAUUCAAGCCAAUCUUGAGAAGUUGAAGCUCCCUACCAAGCAUGCUGGUGUAACUGGUGAAACAACUCGUGGAUCUGAUGACACCGCUCGUCGGCCACCAUCUGUUAAGGCAUCACUGUCAGUCUCCUUUGGUCAGCGUGCUCCUCAUCGUGCAUCAACUAGGGACUCUUCUCCUGUCCGUCGUAAUAUGCUCCCGCCUUCUUAUGACAGGAAUCAUGAUGAUGAUGCACGGAGAUCUCCCAACAGACCUCGUAGCAAAAGUCGUGAACUGGCUGAUCAAGAAUAUGGAGACCGUGAUAGGGACAGAGGCAGGGGAAGGGACAGGAAUGGGAGUAGGGGAAGAGAUAGGGAAAGAGGUAGAGACAGGGAACAUGACAGUGAUGGAUACAGGGAUAGGAACAGAGACAGAGAUAGAAGUCGUGACAGGGAACGAAGACAAGACUAUGAUAGAAGAUCCAGGGAAAGCAGCAGAAGUGAUUAUUAUGACAAGAGCAGGAGCCAUGACCGUGGUAGGUAUCAUUCUGAAAGUUCUCGUAGAAGCAGGAGCAGAAGCAGGAGCAGGAGCAGGAGCAGGAGCAGGAGUCAUAGCAUUCAGAUGCAGAGAACAUCUGCUGACCGUUUCCCAAGUCCACGGAAGGAUGAAGGCCCAGUUAGAACAUCUGCAUCCAGCAACCUGGCGAAACUUAAAGAUAUGUAUGGAGAUCUAAGUACACGAAAGGAGGAUGCUGAAAACAGAAACCCUCCUAACAGAAUUAAUGGUUCGGAGGAGGUCAUUAGACUUGGUGGUUCUACUUGGAAGUAGUGGCAGGAGGUGACCAAUAUUAAUGCUUGCUUCAGGAGACGAGUUAGAUUUUCUUUCUUAGCAAGACACUGCAUAUGGUUCUGUCAUCGUAUGAGAAACAAUGUUGCCUGGUGAAUUUAUUAUGGUCAACAUGAUGGUGAUAUUGAUAAAUGUGUGCGCUGCAUUUGCUGUUCUGAGAGAUUACCAUGUAUGUAUAUUAGAUGUCAGUUAAUACAUUACUGUAUCGGUACGUCACUCCAUGUAACGGAUUAGUUUUGUUGAAUUUGUUUCUAGAAAACUUUGUAUUAAAAUAAUGCUGCUAAAAUUGUUUUGAUUUUGAUACUUUUUAAAUUCAUAAAUUGCUUUCCAUA